GUUCAGAUGUAUCGGUUAGCUUCACUGUUCUCCUCCGGUGCAUCCCUGAAUUUCUCCAAUGUGCCACUUCCACCAGCCGCAGAAACAGAGGAUGCGGAGGCAUGAUUCACGUUAACGGCACUCGUUGAUAUGAGGAGGAAGAGAUAAAAUAACGAGCUGUUAAAGAUAAGAAAUAUGAAAGUAGAGUGAGGAUGUUUGCUGUUGACUGAAGUCCACUCCAAGAAACAAAAUGAAGAGGAGGUUGCUUCGUGGUUUCCUGUCGGAAGUCUCCGUCCGGAUUGUGCUGCUUCUCGUGUUCCUUGUGACGGAGCAGCUUCCUCCUUUUUACCGUGAGAUCCAGCCAGAGGAGAUGUGGCUGUAUAAAUUCCAUCGUGUGGAGAGAGACCACGUACCCACCUCUCUUAUGUUUAGUGUGGCAGUUUUCACCCCACUGAUUGUAAUCCUGGUUUUCACCUUCCUGAAUAAGUCCGAGCGAGGAGAUCUGAAGGAGGCCUCGCUGGCUGUGACUUUGACUCUGGUGCUCAACGGAGUUUUCACCAACAUCAUCAAACUUGUAGUUGGCAGGCCUCGGCCAGACUUCUUCUAUCGCUGUUUCCCAGACGGUCAGAUGAACCUGGAGUGGCGCUGCAGCGGUGACCCAGAUGUGGUCAUGCAGGGCAGGAAGAGCUUUCCCAGCGGCCAUUCUUCCUUUGCCUUUGCAGGUCUGGGUUUCACCGCGCUGUACGUGGCAGGAAAGCUGCGCUGCUUCACUGCGGCGGGCCAAGGCAGAGCGUGGCGGCUGUGUGCCUUCCUCACACCUCUACUCUUCGCCACGGUGAUCGCCCUCUCCAGAACCUGCGACUACAAACACCACUGGCAAGACGUGUUGGUGGGCUCCCUGCUGGGCCUCUCCUUCUCCUGGCUGUGCUACAGACAGCACUACCCCCCCCUCCAGGACGCUGACUGCUACAGACCCCUGCGCCACAGAGAGACUGUUCCCACCGCACAGGAGCGCAAGCUGGCCAACUCCACCUACAUCCUGCCCCUAAAGGUCUCUGGCUUUCAUCCCUUUCCUCUGCCAGUCUGAAGUGUGAGUGUUCACCAGAGGUGGAGAGAAGUGGUGAUGUGGGGUCUGUUGUUGGAGUGGCGGUGAAAGCAGGCAUUUCUGAUGAGCCUAAAUGAGGUCAGACUGUAACCUCUCCAGGUGAUGGUGCUAUAGCCUCCAGUGCUCCUGCUGGUCAGGCUUUCUAUCCUGUUUUUAUUGGCACCUAAAGUUUUCUGCUAGUUUUCUUUAACCAUGUAUGUUAUGCUUACUUUUAUGUGGUGUUUCUGUUGUAUCUAUCAAUGUAUUUGUAAGGUUGGUUUUCAAUUGGAAAUUCAUCAAAAUGUAAUGUAGAUUAUGACAACAUGAGAAACAACCACACCUCUUUAUGUUUCUGUUUUAGUGUGAAAAGCAGCCAAAGGUUUUGCAGGGUCAAAGCCCUUCGUCGCUGUAAAUCCAGAUUGAAGCAUCGGGAUCACAGUGGUCUCAGACCAGACUUGGCAGAAAAAAAGUGAUGAAUUUGUGCCUUUGUUUACUAAAUUAUUUUGCUACGGGGAAUGAAGUAUAUACUGCAUGUAUCAGUGUAUGCUCUCUGUCAUGUUGGGGACACAACUUUGUUUUAAAUAUGUGUUUGUUAUUGUUUAACAGCGUACAGGAGUCAGUUGGGAAGACACUUUAUGAUGUUUAAAUGUGGCAUGCUGCCUUUCUUUACCUCAAAAAAACCUUUUAAGUUAUUUCCACAAAGUGUUGAUGGAAUGAAAUGUGAAGUAUUCUGGUUGGAAAAUGUCAAAAAUACAAGAGAGUAGCCAAGAGAAAGAAAAACCUCAUUUUUUGCAAACAUUUUAGAUGAUAAUAUCUUUAAUUACUUGGUCAAUCUAGCAGGUGGUUAUGAGAUGAUGUACAGGACUAAGUCUAUUUAAUUUUUGGGCAUGCAGGAGUUUACUUGAAUUUUCAAUCUGCACUUAAUGUUAUUUCAUGAGAGUAUGAAUCAUAUCUGUGGGCCUAUUGCUCUAAGGGAUCUUUCAGACAAAAUAAAUGUUCAUUCAACUUUGCUGAAUUUUGAUGAAUUCCUGCAUGUUUUACAGUUGAGGAGCAACAUUUACCUUCAUUACUUACUUCCAGAUCGCCACAUUUCCAUCUGUUUCUACAAAUGUACUUACUUUUUGGUUUUUGUUUACUUUAUCAGGUUGUUGACUAUGUCCUUUAGAUCUUCUGUCAUGAUAAGGGAUGAUGCUAAAACUUGCUCAUCAUAAUUUGCCUUGGCUUUCAACUCGUACGGCUCGUGCUCAUGCUGAUACAGUAUCCUGAUUGUACAUGUCGUGAUGCUUUUAAUGACUCUUUUGGUGACACUAAAUAAUGUUUUAAAUACUCUUGCAACACA